UGCCGUGAUCAUGUUUGCCCAGUACGUGCCAGGAGGCACGUUUGGCAGAGCCGUGCAGAUGGCCGACGAUGUCACAGCCCUCGCCCAAAGCUGUGCUGCUGCAGCCAGAGACAACCCCGACUGCCUGAAGCCUUUGGACAGGAUUUUCCUCGAUAAAAUAUGCCAGGAGGAAAAUCUUCCCGGGGUUACUGAUUGCUGCGCUAAAAAGGAUCCUGACCGGAACGACUGCUUCCUCUCCCUUAAAAACUCAUCGAGAGGGUUCGGUUCUCCUUUUGAAAGGCCAAACGCUGAAGCUGCCUGCAAAAAUCAUUCCCAGCACCAACACUCACUAACGGGACAUUUUAUCUACGAGGUUUCCCGAAGGCAUCCCUUCCUCUACGCCCCAACCAUCCUCUCUGUCGCUCUGCGGUACGAUGAGAUGACCAAGAACUGCUGCCGAAGUGCUGAAGACCCCGCUCAGGACCUGGAGGAAUGCUUUCGGAGACAGGCACCAAAGGUGGUGAAGCCAAUUAAAGAAGAUGGCCUGAGGCAGGAGCACACAUGCGGAAUCUUGAAAAAGUUUGGAGAAAGGACCCUAAAGGCUCUGAAACUUGUUCAGAUCAGCCAAAGAUUCCCUAAAGCUGAUUUUGUUACUGUUCACAAACUGGUGCUGGAUGUUGCUGAGAUGCACAAGGACUGCUGUCGUGGAGACAUGCUGGACUGCAUGCGCCACAGGGAAGACCUUCUACACUACGUCUGCACCCACCAAGACAUCCUAUCAAGUAAAAUUAAGAAAUGCUGUGAAAAGCCUCUGUUGCAAAGAAGUGAAUGCAUCAUUAACGCAGAACAUGACGACAAACCUGCAGGCCUGUCCCCCCACGUCAGGGAGUUUAUAGAAGACCAAGGAAUAUGUGAACGUUUUGCCCAGGAAAAAGAUAUGCACCUCGCCAGGUUUCUGUAUGAAUAUUCCAGGAGACACCCUGAAUUUUCUGCUCAAAUGCUUCUAAGAAUUGGUAAAGGCUACGAGGACCUGCUGGAAGAGUGCUGCCAGACGGGUGCUCCAGACAGCUGCUGCAGCAGAGGGGAGGAAGAACUGAAGAAGCAUAUUUAUGAAACUCAAAGUGUCAUGAAGACAAGCUGUGACAUCUACAAGGAGAAAGGAGAUUACUAUUUCCAAAACGAGUAAUACCUGAUCAAAUUCACCAAGCAAAUGACGGCCGUCGGCGCCAAGUGCUGCCAGUUGAGCCAGGACAAGCUCCUGCCUUGCGCCGAGGAAAACGUGAGUCUAAUGCUGGAUCUCGUGCUUGGAGAAAUAUGCAGAAGACACCUGACGGAUCCCAUCAACGCCGGAGUUUGCCACUGCUGUAGCAGCUCCUACGCUUUCAGGAGGCCGUGCAUGGGCAAACUGGAACUCGACGAGAACUACGUGCCCUUACCACUGACCCCCGGUCUGUUCACCUUCCGUGAAGACUUGUGUACGACUGAGGAGGAGAAGUUACAGCACAGGAAGCAGGAGUAAGACAGGCCUGUGCCACUCUGUUACCCGAUGCUCAUCACCCUCAUCAAACACCGGCCCCGCAUCACCCAGGGCCAGCUGAGCGCCGUCACCGCCGCCUUCGCCGCCAUGAGGGAGCGGUGCUGCCGCGCAGCCCGCCGCGACGCCUGCUUCGCCACAGAG